AUGGCGGUAAACAGUGAAUCAGAGAGCUCCGAUUAUUUUCCUUCGUCCAAUGAAACUCAAGGCACUUUUAAUGGUGAAAAGUAUCUACAUAUAACUAAGAAAGGAUCGAUCAAGUGGGAAGGAAGCUUUGAAUCGCUUCAAAGCUUUUUUAACUCGUUUUUGAAGGCAGAGACAAAAUGGCCGCUGCGGCGUGGUGGCUGUAAACAAUAUGAAGCUGAUAAUAACCUAGUAAUUCGCUGGUAGUCUUCAUAAAAGUCGCUUUGUUUCAGUGGACCUGCCAGUGAAAAUUUAAAGUUAAAGCUUAUUGAUUUGGUGCCUUAACAACAACAAAUCAUAGAUGUUGUCGAGGGCGAAAUAUCAGUCAAUCAAAUGUUAGACUAUGAUGAUGAAACUACAAAUACGACAGACGAUGAACAUUCAAAUGCUGACAACGAUAAUCACUCAAAUGUUGAAAACGUUGAACAUUCGAGUGUCUCUCUGGAAAAACUCGCUGAGAAUUUCAAAUUUUUAGAAAAUCGUGUGAAUGCAAAGGUACUCGAGCUUUCAAGUCAAAUCGACAAAUUAAAAUCGAACAGUGUAUGUAACAACGAUCUGUCCCAAGAAUAUACGCAAAACAUGGUACAGGAGAAUAAAUCGCUAUAA